AUGCAACUUCAGACACCCAUCAAAGCACCAUUGGAACUUCUAGACAUUUCGAAUUGCAAAAUAAUUGUGUUACCGAAUUGGGGUAUUUUACCACAUUUGACUCAUUACAAUAUCUCGCAUAAUCCACUGUCGACACUAGAACCAAGUCAUUUUGCACCUAUGUGCAAAUUGGAGAAAGUAGAUAUUACAAAUGCGAUUGAUAAGAAUUCGAAAAGUGUCCUGCUGCGACGGAAGAGUUUGGAGUUCUUAAUGGGACCCAUCAACGGUGCAAAGCAGUUAAUUUACAGUUUCAGAGCUACAAAACGUCCCGCAGGACGUGGUUGAAAGUGGCCGGGGGAUUAGCAGGCUUCCUAGUGGGAUUCAUAUUAUUACUGUAUUUAAUGCACCGACAUAAUGUCGCUCAGACCAAGACCAAAGCUGAAAAACUCAAAAAAACCAUACCGCCCAACGAUCCUGACAAGCAAGCUACGGUUCCAAUACUCGUGAAUGAGUCAAAUGUUUCCAGGCUCUGACUUACGAACUUGUUGAAAUGAGGAAGUAUUAAAAAAAAAACGAAUGCACUAAAAAAACACCGCCACUAGAUGGCGACUCUAGCAAAAGUUGAUUUUUGCAGGAAACGAAUGGACCCAAGAUAGUCAUUCCUGUUCCUUUUAACUUACAUAUUAAAAAACUAAAAUUUGAAAGUUCGAAACUUAGAUAUUAAUACAAAUACGAAAAAGUACAAAUAGAAUAUGAGUUUUUUAUUGAGUUUUGAAAACUAAUUUACUUUUAUACAUGAAAGAAAACCGGAAGGGCUGUCAUGGAGAAAUCAAUAACGUACCGUAGCGACAUCUAGUUUGAUUUCGGGAACUAUUUUUUUAAAUACUUUCUCAUUAACCGAAUAAAUCUAUGGAAUAAGAAUGAUCGCUGUUUAACAUGUUCAUUGUCAAGCCAAAAUCGUGAACUUGCAUUAAAGGACAAUUAGCGAGUGCGACUAAAACUAAAACGACCAUACGCGACAUCGCGUUUUCAGCCAUGGCGUAAUUGACCGCUUCACGCGACGUCUUAGUACGGCAAUGAAUGUGUUAAAUGACAAAUAUUAAAGACAAAAAAUGUUAUAGUCAAUCCAAAAUACCUGUACCUACAUUAUGGUGAAAUUGCCAUUACCUACAAUAUAAAAAUUAAUUUAACAUAAUAACCUUAUAACAAGGCAGGCGACACGAUUUGACCAUUGUAAAAUUAUGUAUGAUCCAGUUUUGGCCAUUUUAAGAGUUACUAUUCCUAUACUCCAUUCAUUAUAACAUUCGAAAAAAGAGGGUCAUAGAAGCAGCAGUGCAGAACAUUUUAUUUUGAAGAUAAAUUUAAAAAAUAUAUAUUAUAGUUUUGUUGAAACUUUGAACGUUUGUAGUCUGAAAGAGGUGGGCAAUUUUCCAUUUUUUUACGAUACCUCGGGAUUGAGAUGAUUUUCUAAGGUCAGCAUUUUCUAAAUUCAUCUUUUACUCUCAAGCCAACAUGGAACUAAAACCAUCUAUCUGUUGUUUUGAUAAAUUCUAAUUGUAAGUGUAUAUAAUUCGGCGGCAUCGUCCAUAUUUAACAAAACUU